AUGGAGCAGCGGAUGGCUGACGUUGGUCGCAUUCAUCGGGAGAGACAAGAACGCCGAACAAGGUUGGAAACGGAAAUGGCCAAAGUUGGUCUAGAUGAGAAUGCGCGAGCUCAAAUGCGCUGUUUGUUGCGUAAAAAAGAGUCCAAUCAUAUGCGAAUGCAGCGUGCAAAGAUGGAUCAAUCCAUGUUUCAUCGAAUCAAACAUCUAGGUGUGGGCGCAUUUGGAAAAGUUUGGUUAGUACGUAAAAAGGACAAUGGACAACUUUAUGCAAUGAAAUUGCUAAACAAACGUGAUGUGGUUGAACGUCGCCAGUUAGCUCACGUUCAAGCGGAAAGAGAUAUUCUGGCCGAGGCAGACAAUGACUGGGUUGUCAAGCUUUUUUUCUCCUUUCAGGAUUACAGUGCAUUGUAUCUUGUGAUGGAAUACAUCCCAGGUGGUGACAUGAUGUCUUUGCUAAUCAAAAAAGGUAUUUUUGAAGAACCACUUGCUCGCUUCUACGUGGCCGAAUUAACCUUGGCUUUGGAAAGUGUACACGUUAUGGGUUUCGUCCAUCGAGACAUAAAACCGGACAACAUUCUGAUUACUCGAGAAGGACACAUCAAAUUAACGGACUUUGGAUUAUGCACCGGAUUUCGCUGGACUCAUAGCUCGAAAUACUGGGAUCUGGACUUUAGUAUACCAAGCUCCUCUCCCCGAUGUGCGAGAACGCAGCAAAAUACAAAGGAAUGUCCCGUGGGCCAAGAACCAAAGGUUGAUCAAAAUGCUCCUUCCGAGAACAAACCAGAACGUGGAUUAGAUUGUAAACAAACACAAGAAAAACCAGAAGCGGAUGAUCAUCCUGAGGGCGACGACGAGGUCUGUGAUUGCAUGGAUGAUGAUGAGGGGCCAGAAACAUCAGAGAUUGAUGUGUCGGACGAGAAAAGUGAAAGUAUUGGGAAGCUGCUUCGCGUGAAAGAUUUACGGCAAGCUGGUGCUUACAACAGAAAUCCACACGGUCCACUGGAGCACAAACAGAAGACAUUAGAGCGGCGGAGAAACAGUUUCGCUAAUCGUCGAUGUGCACAGUCACUUGUUGGAACCCCCAACUAUAUAGCUCCGGAAAUUCUGAGAAGACAGGACUCAUCUUUUGGUAGUUUUGCACCAAUCGCUGAAGUCACUGCCCCGAAGAUAUUCGGUGUCAAUUGGGCGAUUCUGAUGACCGAAUGGGAUCUGGGUCCAUUUAGCCAUGUGGCUUACUUACUUUACAAGAUAAUUUCGUAG